GGACCUUUCAAUAUAUUGUUGUCAAUUGUGUUUCCACAAUUUCAAAUUUUUUUAUUUUAAUUUUGUCACAAAUUUGAUAAAUUGUGAACAUGAACUGUUCAUUUUGUUGAAGUUUCUUUAAUUUAGUCAUCUUUUAUCUUAUUGAAAUUUUAAUUUUAAAUACAAGUUACGCGCGUUAUGCUUCUCAUGUUUAUAAAUAUAAAUAUAAUAUUAUAAGUUUUAGGACGUUAACUAUGGGACACUCCCAAAAAAGUGAGUCAAACAUAGAUCACGCAAUUGCAGGAGCUGCUAGUGGGUUUAUAACAAGAUUUCUAUGUCAACCUUUAGAUGUUAUAAAAAUAAGAUUCCAAUUACAAGUCGAACCAAUUUCAAAAUGUCAUGGUAGUAAAUACAAAUCUCUACCACAAGCUUUUUUGCUAAUUUUGAGAGAAGAAGGAAUUUUUGCUUUAUGGAAAGGCCAUGUACCUGCACAAUUGCUCUCAAUUGUUUAUGGGAUGGCUCAGUUUUAUUCCUAUAAUGUAUUCAUGAAAACAAUCCAAGAUAUAUCAAAAAUUGAGGAACGGAAUCACUUUAUACAUUUUAUCGCUGGUGCUGGUGCAGGAAGCGUGGCGACAAUUGCCUCAUUUCCUUUCGAUACUGUAAGAACUAGAUUAGUAGCCCAAUCGAAUAAUCAUCAAGUGUAUAAAGGAGUGUUACAUUCCUGUAGUUCGAUUAUUCGACAUGAGUCACCAAAAGUCUUCUUUUAUGGUCUACUACCAAAUUUAUUACAAAUUGCUCCACAUACUGGCCUGCAAUUUGCAUUCUAUGAAUUUUUUAUAGAUUUCUAUAAAAAAUACACCUCCAAUACCGAUACUAGUUUCUAUAAUUCUAUGUUUUCUGGUAGUAUUGCUGGACUCUUAGCGAAAACCAUCGUGUAUCCGUUUGAUCUUGCUAGAAAGAGAUUGCAGAUACAGGGUUUUCAGCAAGGACGUAAAGGAUUUGGUAAAUUCUUUCAAUGUAAUGGAUUAUUAGAUUGCUUGAAAGUAACUGUAAAAGAGGAGGGAGUGCAGGGCUUGUUCAAAGGUUUAGUGCCGAGUCAAGCAAAAGCUGCUAUAACCUCGGCUCUGCAUUUUACCGCGUAUGAACAAGUUUUAUUAUUAUUAAAAUUAUUGCGGUAAUAAUAGCUUAAAUAAAGUGAGUAAAAUGUGUAUUUAAUGUAUCUAAUGUAUUUAGUCAUAAUAAUCUAAUGUGUCAUCUCAUAUUUGCUAUAAAAUCUGUGAU